AUUAAGAAGCGGACAAUCCCAUUUUCGGCCACAGUUAUAUUUCAUUAUGGGUCCUAGCAAGGUCGUUCUCAUCACAGGUUGUUCCCGAGGCAUUGGCCUUGGAUUUGUCAGAUACUUUGUGAAGCACAACUGGAAGGUCUUGGCCACUUGUCGAACUCCACACGAGGCCGUGGAACUGAAAAAGGUCCUUCAAGAUCACAAUCAAACCGAGAUCAUUCAAUGUGACGUCUCCUUCGACGACUCCAUCGAGGCCUGCUAUCAAUCCGUCUUGACCUUGGGCAUCACCCACUUGGACCUGUUAAUCAACAACGCCGGAACUUCGAACGAUAAACACCCAUUUGAGAACCCUUCUCGGAUGAAAAGAGACGAGUUUCAUCGAAUCCUCGACGUCAACGCAACGGGUUUGGCCAUGGUGACCAAUCGGUUCAUUCCUCUACUUCAAGCGGCGGCCGAUCCUCUGGUCGUGAACAUCGGAUCCAUGUUCGGGACCGUGUCCAUGGUGGACGUGCUUACGUGUGCAUCGUAUCGAUGCUCGAAAUCCUGUCUGAACAUGCUCACCAGUUUAUAUGCCUUGGAAUUUUCGGACAUCGGAUUCCUUGCCUUGCAUCCUGGAUGGGUUCAGACCGAUUUGGGCGGCAAGAACCCGAAACCGCCCUUGACUGUGGCCGAAUCCGUGGGCAAAAUGAGUGAGGUGAUUGCUGCAUUCGACAAGACGAAAUCUGGACAGUUCUGGAGUUUGGAUGGAUAUCAGUUGGACCCUUGAUGGACUCCCUGCCUCCUCGUUAAAAGAGAAUUUUGUUCAAAAAAUUGGAGUAUAAGGAAUGCAUGCAUGUGUCACUGCUUUGCACGUUCGAUAACUUGUUUUUGGAUUUUGCAAGAUCCAAUGAGACGUACUUCCUGCUCGUACUUCAUUUAUAAUAUGCCAUGCUUGUGAAAAAAAUGCUGUCUGACACUUGGAGAAAUUGAAAUUGAUGCAUGAUUAUUCAUGAUACGUUGGCAAUGUAUGCCUUUCAAAUAUAAUUGAGACUAUUUGCUUUGAAAUGAUCCUA